UCUUUUUCGCCUUUUCCACAGCACUGCGGGAUCAGACUGGGCAAGAGAACGUCAUCGCCACAGGCAGAACAGACACACACCUGGCAGCAACCACUGCUUUCGCACAGCACCCAUGAUACGGGCAACUACAACCCUCCUCCGCUCGCAGCGGUCUCGGACAGCACCCUCUCUGAGCAGUUGCACACCCGCGCGAACACUCUCCUCCCACAGCCUCCGAUCGUAUCCCGCUUCCCGCCAACAACCACUACAAAAUGCCUCACCUUCGACGCCAUCGCCGCUAUUCCCACGAUCCGCAGCUACCAUACUCACUCCUUCGAGAGGCUACCGCGGCGCACCACUCGGCAACCGCCCGCGACCGACCGUCAUGAAGACUGAGCUGAUAGGAGAUCCCACCGCUGAACCUGCAAGGAAGAAAGACACACUCCCGUACCGCGUCCGACGAACGAAAACAGGCAACCUGCCCGUAUACAGGGCGUACGAAAAGGGCCGGACGCAGAUCAUUACGACGAUUAGGAGAGUCGAUGGGAGUGCUGAGUUCCUCGCCCGCGAACUUGCAUCCUUCAUCCCCGCCGAACGUAUCGCCGUCUCCGAGCUCAACAACCACGUCGUCCUGCAGGGUGAUUACGUGUUUGCGGUCAGGGAUCACCUUACCGCCCGAGAGUUUUGAAUGAAGAUUGGGUGGAUAUGCGAAAACUGGAAUAUGGUUCGCCGCACGGGAGGGAAGGCUGGGAAGAGGAAUGGAGGUCCGGGAGGGGGAGCAGCGAUUUGUGCGAUCGAAGUGUAAUGGCCGCGAUGUUAUCUCCGCCAUGGAAUCCGUUCCUAGAGGGAUGCCCUGAACCAUCGUUCAGGGAAAGGACGGCGUAAGAAUGUCGGGGUGGACCGCUCACGAGAUGUCGACCGCCGCCCAAAUGUGGAGUUGCAGAAGCUGGAACCCAGCUUCCUGUGAAAGCUACACCCAUGCUUAAGCAUUUCUUCACGAGUGAAGCCGCAUAAGGAAGUUCUCGGCGAACUAUGUAUCAACAUUGGUAUUAUUAAUAGCAUGACAAACUCCAGAAAGCGAACA